AUGUUCGGCCGCGGUCUCGCUGCGGCCGGGAGGGCUGCGCGGGCCCUGGCGGUCGCUACGGGCGGUGCAAGUGCCGAGGUCGAGGUCACUCGGCAGGCGUGCGCGAGGGCGGCCGCGGGGGGCUGGCUGCGCGGCUUCGCGUCCAACAGCAUUGACUCUUUCAACGUCCACAAGGACUUCGACGGAAAGAACACCGGGACCGAGAAAUGGGACUAUACAGAGGCCAACCGCAAAAUCGUCGACAACAUGCUCUCCAAGUACCCCACGAACUGGCGCCAGUCCGCCAUGAUCCCCAUGCUCGACAUCGCCCAGCAGCAAUCCGGCGGCUGGCUGCCGCUCUCCGCGAUGAACCGCGUCGCCGAGAUCCUCGGCGUCCCGGAGAUCCGCGUCUACGAGGUCGCCACCUUCUACUCCAUGUUCAACCGGACCCCCGGAGGCAAGUACCACGUCAUGGUGUGCGGCACGACGCCCUGCCGGCUCCAGGGCGCGCAGAGCAUCGAGCACACGAUCUCUGAACACCUCGGCAUCAAUAUGGGCGAGACGACGUCGGACGGCAUGUUCACGCUCGCGGAGAUGGAGUGCAUGGGCGCCUGCGUCAACGCGCCCAUGGUCUGCAUCGCGGACUUCUCCAACGGCGUCGAGGGCUUCAGCUACGAGUACUACGAGGACCUGACGCAGGACGACAUGCGCAAGAUCCUCGACCAGAUCAAGCGCGGGGAGAAACCUAAAACCGGGUCGCAAUAUCGUUCCAAGGCCGAGCCCGCGGGCGCGAUCGUGAACCGCGGCGAGAAGUGGGUGCCCAUGCAGGGCCACACCACGCUCACGGGCGACCCGCCGGGGCCGCGCUGCCGAGACCUGGACGCGCCGCCGCCGCCGCCGCCCAAGUGA